AGGCACGCCAAUAUUCUACAGUGGAAGAAGAAAAUACCGGAAAUUGUGGAGCUUUCGUUACCGAGUGACCCAGUUCUCUUUCUUAAAUUAACAGAAAAUAAUCCUGAGGGAAAAUUAAUAAUUUGUCUUUUAUACUAUGUUUUGAUACCGCUGGUGUAACGAAGCUAAAACGAAGAGUUCCGAAUCAACAUGGACUAGCCGAUGUUGCCAUUUUGAUGUAGCUAUGCUAGCUGGCGUCAAGAUGAAUUGUCCAACCUUAGCCCUGCUGCAGGAUAAUUAGAAAUAUAGUGCUUGUUCUCACGAACAGGUCAGUUGGGGUUUCUCUCGGGGCUCAUUGGCAAUUAGCACAAUUAGUAAAACGUCUUAAGAGAUCGCUUCAACUCUCCAGUUCCUUUUGAUGUUCAGCGUUUCGGAGAAGAACCGUUCAGUCCCAUGUCUGCUGAGGCGUCAGUCGGCAGUCCUGCUGCCAACUCUGCCCAGUCUGCUGUCUCCCAGCCUGCUUUCCAGAGCAUUGUUGAACAAAGACAUCAGGGCCUGCUGGGAAGCAAGUAUGUCAAGUUAAAUGUCGGUGGCUCGCUGCAUUUUACAACAGUACAGACGCUUACCAAGGAGGAAAGUGUGCUGCAGAGUAUAUGCAAUGGAGGAACCGAGGUGACCAUAGACUCUGACGGCUGGGUAAUUUUAGAUCGAAGUGGCCGACAUUUUGGACUCAUUUUGAACUUCUUGCGGGAUGGCUCGGUACCACUCCCCGAUGACCACAGAGAACUUGAUGAGGUCCUGAAAGAGGCCCAGUACUACAGGGUCCAGGGACUCGUCCAGCACUGCCUCACCGCCAUGCAGAAACAAAAGGACGUAUUUGAAAGUGUGUGUCGCAUCCCCAUGAUCACGUCAGCCAAAGAAGAGCAAAAGAUGAUUGCGACUUGCAGAAAGCCGGUUGUAAAGUUGCAGAACAACAGAGGAAACAACAAAUACUCAUAUACCAGCAAUUCAGAUGAUAACUUGUUAAAGAACAUCGAACUCUUUGACAAACUCGUCCUUCGCUUCAACGGCCGAGUCCUGUUCGUCAAGGAUGUGCUGGGGGAUGAGAUCUGCUGCUGGUCUUUUUACGGAGAAGGUCGUAAGAUUGCUGAAGUGUGCUGCACGUCCAUCGUCUACGCUACAGAGAAGAAGCAGACCAAAGUCGAAUUUCCAGAGGCUCGGAUUUUUGAAGAAACCCUCAAUAUCCUCAUUUAUGAGAACGGCAGAAGGACCGGUCCGGGAGGCUUGUACCUUGUAGACUCGAGAGGUUCCUCGGCGGGCCAAUCAGAAGAAGAGGGCGCAUCAGGAGGGGACAGGCGAGUGCGGAGAAUCCACGUCAGGAGGCACAUAAUGCACGACGAAAGAGGCCACGGCCAGCAAACUGUGUACAAAGAUUAACAAUGUGAAGACAAAAAAGGCACGCAAGAAUGGCCUGGUGUUGGCAAUAGCUUGAUUGUUAGACGUCACUGCCUGGGUAGUGCGUUGUAACUGAAGCGAGCCAGGGGAUGUUAUGUUUACAAGAUAAACUAUUGUGUACAGAUUUGAAAUAGGAAAAAGCAGCCUGGGACAUGAAACUGGCAAAAAUAUGACUUCAAUAUUCUUCGCCGCCAUCCGAUGUGGGUGUAGAUGAUAUGCACUGGCAGCCUCUGUGUUUGACUUUUUGGGAACACUGUUUCAGGCUUGAUCUGCUUUUAUUUCGUCAGGUUAUCCACGUUGUCACAAGUAGACGAGGUUGUGUGUGGACAGUAAUAAGCACGGGAGGCUCUCUUUCUUGUCCUUUUUCCUUUUUUAAGCUUAGAUAUGUUAACACUGGAACAGCCUCGGAGCUAUAUUCUGUGAAGUUGUCUAUGAAUGAGAUUGUUGAGCAGCUCCAAUUGUCUAUUUAAAUUAUUUCUUCUGUCGCUUUGAAAUGUUUUUUUUAAAUUAAUUUAUAAACUUAAUUUAUUGUCGUGUAUUUAACUUUUGUAUGCAAUCGCAGUGUUAACAUGUUCAAGUGGGUUAUACAUUUGCACUUCAUAGCACACAUCAGAUUUGUAAUUUCUGUAUAUGACUAAAAGUUUUAUUUCAGCGUGUUUAAACAGAAACGUUUCUGUAGGUGAUUCUAAUGUAUUUUAUUCUGAGCCAUGAUCUUUACCCUUUAUUCACGUCUUAAACCAAAAAACUGAUAUUUGCUCAGUUAAUGUAUUGGCCUAACAAUAAUCUCAAUAUGUCCAGGGUUGUAUGUUUUUUUUACAUUAACCCCCUGUCAAUUUUCGUCUUCUCCAAUGUUUUGUGAAAACCUAAUAACCCUGAAAUCUUAAACACUGGAUAAAGUGUGUCUUUACAAAAAAAAAACAAUACUUAUAACACAAUGCACUACUUUCACUUCCGUCCACUUGUGGUGAGGACUGUUCUAAAUAAAUUAAGAAAUCCAUCUUG